AUGCGUCUAGGUACCGUAUUUCGCAACGUCUACAUCCUGGUCGAGGCCCGCCCUAAGGUCGGGACCGUACCGGGCGCUCGCGCCGUCCUCUCGCCCGAAUUUCUAGCCCUAGGCCGAGUUUGGGCUUGCACCCUGGCUCUAGCCGAGAUAGAGCCCGCCCCCGUGCGCCCCGCCUACACCCUCGCCCCCGUACCGGGUGUUGUCUCCCCCCCUGCCGCCGCCGACGACGACGACCCGAACCACGCCCUCGUCCUCGCCGCCAACGCCUUAACCCCGACUCGGGCUAGUGGCCGUUCCGGCAGCGUACCGAGCCUGCAGCUCGGCGUAUUCGCUUAG